AUGGACGCUGGAAACGACGAGAGCCACGAUGCAACUAACGAUUCGGAUGAUCGUCACCUAGGCACGUUUCCGUACUACCUAGUACCACGAUUCGCCAAUAUACGUCUACGACUACCACGAGUGUUUUUGUCUACCUCGGAUAAGGAGACACUAGGAGGUCGCGCGCACUUUGAGACUCGCAAGAAAACUUACCGGCAGGCCGCCAACACCGCAUCGGCUCGCAUUCGGUACUUUCUAGUACCACGAUACGCCAAACAUGUCCACGAGCGUUUUGCCAACCAAGGCAACGAGAAACUAGGAGGUCGGAGUUGGGCUGCUCCCCAGACUGCCGAUGUUCGCCUUCCUAUUCCAGAUCCGGUUGGUUUGGGCCUGACGAAGGCUUUGGGUCUACACCCGCAAUGGAAAACUUGGCACGAUCAAUGGUUGUUGGGCGCGGCUGUAUCCAACGCUUUGACUACAUGGGUCCGCAUUCCGGACCAGGCAGAAGAAAGCACCCCCUGCCUCAUCUACAAGGUGUUUUAA